UUUUUAAGAGAGUAUUGCACAUUUAAAUUACUUGUUUGAAAAAUGCAUGGUUCAUUCUGCAAAGUCGCCCUGUCUACAUGUUUUUGUACUACACGUACCGACCACCAGGGGCAGUCACGCCAUCUGGGUUAAGUGGAUUCUUUUUAAACUUCACCACAACGAGCAAGUACAUAUAAGCAUGACGUCAUGCUUUAACAUUAGUUCAUGCACGGAACCUACAAUAUUUAUUUUACCAAAAAAAAGACAAUUUUUCGGAACUACCAACUAAAAACUGUUUUAGCACCAGCGCUAGAGGGCAGUAAAGACUUCUACUUCCUGCUGACCGCAGCAGAGAUUUAGCUCGUCAGUUGACAGGUGUGCUAGUGCGUUAGCUUAGCUUAGCUUGCGUUAGCACUUUAGCGUCCGAGUUUGCUCUUUAUGUUCCAUAAAUAUGUUGUAAUGAUGGCUUUAAUGCAACCGUGGAUAGUUUAAGAGUGAGCCUAAUGGAGGCUAUGCGAGUGUUAGUUGAGCUAGCAGGUCAGGGAAGUUGUUAAGUUGAUCCUCCAUGUUGGCUCGAUGGCAAGAAGCCAGCCGGGAAAUGGAGCUGAUAUUCGGGGCAGCACGGACAAGCUGACGGGAGGUGGUGGUGGUGGUGGUGGUGGUGGUGGAGGUACUAGUAGUGAUGUUGUGCCGCUGGAGGCGAAUGGCACAUCCGGGGAGAAGGAGGUGGACAAGUACGGCUUUACAGGUGGAGCCCAGCAGUACCCAGGACUCUCUGCUGAAGAAAUCCCCACUGACGUGCUCAGGCAGCGGGAGGCCAAAUGGCUGGACAUGCUCAACAACUGGGACAAGUGGAUGGCCAAGAAACACAAGAAGGUGAAAGAGCGCUGUCAAAAGGGCAUCCCUCCCUCGCUGCGUGGUCGGGCCUGGCUUUACCUGACAGGAGGCAAAGUGAAAGGGGAGCAAAACCGGGGCAAGUUCUGGGAACUGGACAGCCAACCAGGGGACCCCAAAUGGGUGGACAUCAUCGAGAGAGACCUCCAUCGACAGUUUCCCUUCCAUGAAAUGUUCUCAGCUCGAGGAGGACACGGGCAGCAGGACUUGUUCCGUGUGCUCAAGGCGUACACGCUGCACCGUCCCGAGGAGGGCUACUGUCAGGCUCAGGCCCCUGUGGCCGCCGUGCUCCUCAUGCACAUGCCUGCGGAGGAUGCUUUCUGGGUUCUUGUACAAAUCUGUGAGAAAUACCUUCCUGGGUACUACAGCGCGGGGCUGGAAGCCAUCCAGCUGGACGGAGAGAUCCUGUACGCUCUGCUGCGGCGUGCGUCUCCCGUGGCCCACCGUCACCUCAAGCAGCACAAGCUGGAGCCCAUCUUGUACAUGACGGAGUGGUUCAUGUGCGCCUUCUCGCGCACGCUGCCCUGGGUGUCGGUGCUCCGCGUCUGGGACAUGUUUCUCUGUGAAGGAGUGAAGAUCCUCUUCCGAGUGGGCCUGGUUCUCCUCAAACGCAUGCUGGGAUCCCAAGAGAAGGCCAAGGCCUGCCGAGGCCUCUAUGAGACAAUGGAGCGUCUUAGGGCCAUACCUGCAGAGUACAUGCAGGAGAGCUUCCUGGUGCAAGAGAUCCUGGACUUGUCCGUGUCAGCGAAAGACAUCGAGAAAGAACACUUGGCGCAGCUGCGACACUGGAAGGACUCCCACGGCGACCUCCGCUACACGUCGCCUCCCAGGAUGCACGGCGCCAAGGCCGUCAUGGCCGCCGAGCCGCCAAGCAGACAGGAUCUGAGGCAGAGGCCCACCAUCGUCGAGGAACCCCCACCGGAGGACGCGAGGGACAAGAAGGAGAAGCGGAGGGAGACUAAGCUGCUGACACAGGAGACAGAAAGUCCUCGCUCGAAUCUCGCUGAGCCCUCGCCGCUCCCCUCACCAGCACAAGUGUCCAGGGAGAGCGUAAGCAGCGCCGUGCACGACACCUACCUGUAGCCAGGUGAGCAGGCUCAUCUUAUGAGCGCCAGAGAUCAUGAUUAUCAGUCCGUUACCGCCAUGGACAGUGGCACAUUGCUGGUUUAUGAAUGUGUAAUUCCCCUUGAACAACAGCAGGUGGCGACAAUGACUUCUUUUUUUUUCCACUACUGACCUGCAACUGUUACUAUUGAUGGACUAUGAUCUUGUCUCGGCAGACAAACAUGGAGUUACACAAUCACCGGCUACAUCAUUAGGUAGAUAUUUUAGUAAGAUACUGCCUUAAAGGCCUACUGAAAUGAGAUUUUCUGAUUUAAACGGGGAUAGCAGGUCCAUUCUAUGUGUCAUACUUGAUCAUUUCGCGAUAUUGCCAUAUUUUCGCUGAAAUUUGACACACACGUCGGUCGGGCAUGGCUUCCCAACAUAUUAGGCAGCCAAACCAGAAAAAUCAAAAUUGCGCGCUAGCGCCCCCUAGGAAGGAAAGAAAAACGGACUGCUUGUAACUUACGUUAGGAAUGUCGUAGAGACAUGAAACAAAAUCCAUUAUGUAGAACUGACUUAGACCUGGAUUCCCCAUUAGAGAUUCCUAUACCUAAAAUCAACAGAAAUUUUGCAAAAACUCUUUCAAAGCAAAAUUUUCGCAAAAAAUGCUAUUUUUGCCCAUUUGAGCUGUAAUUUCACCCCCUUAAAAUGCUUCAAAACUCACCAAACUUGGCAGACACAUCAGGACUGGCAGAAAUUGCGAUCUAAUGAAAAAAAAAAAAAAAAAACUCAAAAUUGCGCUCAAUAAAACUGCUUCCAGGAAGAAAACACAGACAAAACUGCUUGUAACUUCCGGUAGGAAUGCCGGAAAGACAUGAAACAAAAACUUCUAUGUAGGUCUCACUUAGACCUACAUUUAGAUAAUCGACAUCCUUCGGCAAAAAUCAACAGGAAGUUAAAAAUUGCCCCUUCAAAAUAAAAGUUUAGUGAAAACCCGUCACCUUUUUCAAAUCGAAACUCCUCCCAGUGCGUUUGUCGUUUUGGCUUCAAACUCGCACAGGAGAGAGAUUGAACCCUUUUGAUUAAAACGGUCCAACAAAGUUUUGAUUACUGCUCCGGUUUGGAUUUUACGCGCCUUCAAAGAACCCCUACGCAAAGUUUCCUAAAAAAUGUCAUUUUUGCCUCUUUAAACUAUAAUUUGACCCCCUUAAAAUGCUUCAAAGUGCAAUUUAAAGCUCUACCAUGCCAAGCGAAAGCCAUUUAUCAACAACAUCCAGAAACGCUGAUCUGUAAUUUGGCUCCCUUAACAUGCUUCAAAACUCACCAAAUUUUACACACACAUCAGGACUGGCAAAAAUUGCCAUCUAAUAAAAAACCAAACCCCAAAAGUCAAAAUUGCGCUCCAGCGCCCCUUAGGAAAAAACCCAGACAAAACUGCUUGUAACUUCUGUUGGGAAUGUCGUAGAGACAUGAAACCAAGACCUCUAUGUAGGUCUGACUUAAACCAGGGCUCGGCAGCGGCCAAAGGCGGACCCGACCAACGCUGCUUAUUUAAACGGGGAUAGCGGGUCCAUUCUAUGUGUCAUACUUGAUCAUUUCGCGAUAUUGCCAUAUUUUCGCUGAAAGGAUUUAGUAGAGAACAUCGACGAUAAAGUUCGCAACUUUAGGUAGCUGAUAAAAAAGCCUUGACUUUACCGGAAGUCGCAGACGAUGACGUCGCCCUUGUGAGGGCUCCUCAGAUCCUUACAUUGUUUAUAAUGGGAGCCUCCAGCAGCUAGAGCAGGGGUCGGGAACCUUUUUGGCUGAGAGAGCCAAAAAGCCAAAUAUUUUAAAAUAUAUUUCCGUAAGAGCCAUAUACUUUUUUUUUUUGACACUGAACACAACUAAACACGUACAUUUUUAAGUAAGACCCACAUUUCUAGAGUAUAACAGGUCUCUUAUGGGGGUUCUUCAGACCCCCAAGCACCGACAUGAGAGCCUGUUUCAGGGUUACAAUAUUGUUUUAUUUUUCAAUAAGUCUCUCAGUUGCUUUCCAGCAAUAGUAUUUCCAGCCCCAACCCAGUCUCUCCUCCUGGCUGCUGCUUAUAACAGAGCGACAGGUGAUUAGAUAACAAGGCCCAGGUGGGCCAUCUACGCACCUGUCGCUGCAGGCCCAAAGGCCACGCCCCCUCCACAGUUAGCUUCAGAAUAACAAUGUUAUUACAAAGAAUAAGAGACCUAUUAUACUCUAGAAAUGUUGGUCUUACUUAAAAAUGCAUGUGUUUAGUUGUGUUCGGUGUUAAAAAAAAAUAUUAUAUGGCUCUUACGGAAAUAUGUUUUAAAAUAUUUGGCUCAGCCAAAAAAGUUCCCGACCCCUGUUCUAAACUAUUGAAGGCAAAACAUAAUAUGGAUUAGAGCAGGGUUAGGGAACCUGUGGCUCUUUUGAUGACUGCAUCUGGCUCUCAGAUAAAUCUUAGCUGAUAUUGCCUAACAUUUUUCCGCUGGUAAUCACAGUGUUAAAAAUAACGUUCAAAUUAUACAACAUUCUCCUGCAUUUUAAUCCAACCAUCCGUUUUCUAUCGCACCUGUUCAAGAUGUCGCGUUAAUGGUAAGAAGUAUUAUAUUUAUUAUUGGUUAACUUCAGAAUAACAAUGUUAUUAAAAAUAAUAAGAGACUUAUUAUACUCUAAAAAUGUUGGUCUUACUUAAAAAUGCACACGUUUAGUUGUUUUUAGUGUUAAAAAAUAUUACAUGGCUCUCACGGAAAUACAUUUUGAAAUAUUUGGCUUUCAUGGCUCUCUUAGCCAAAAAGGUUCCCGACCCCUGGAUUAGAGCAUACAAAAUAGAGAUGUUGAACUAUGCGCAUUUGUUGCGGUAAUUUGACACUGCUCCUAAUGCUGUGGCCGGUGAUGCUCCCAUGCACUACCUUCCCUCACCAGCAGACAUCAAAACAUGAAGGUAUUUGUGCUCGGCAGCAUUUUUGCGCUACCGAUAGCCAAAGAUUUUAAAGACGCUUUGCCAUGUGUGGGAAUGAAGCAAAAAAUGCAAUGAAGUCUGAGGAUGUUACUGGAAAACCACAUUGUUGUCACGCAAGCACAAUCCUGUUUCUCUUAAUGUGUUGUUGGGGGAUUAUUUCUACUGUUUAAAAAACAAACGCAGUCCAACGAAUGUACACGUACUCCGAUUAUAUUUACAUUGCACUUUUAGGGUGGGGUCGAAUAAAUGCUUACAAUCACAGGAUCAACCAUGAACAGGAUUUAUCGAUAAACUUUUUGUACAAACUUUAUGAAGGGAAAAAGAGUGGAGGGUAUUGGACUGUCUCAAUCAGCACUAUUUCAGGAUGUAGUGCUUUUUGCCAUGUGUAGAUGGCGCCACUGAGCUGCUCCUGAUGCUAAGGGUAGUAAUGAUCAUCACUAAUUGGUGCAAUCCAAUAACAAGAUGCUGGGAUGCUAAAGUAUUUUUCUAUCGCACUGCUUGGUUUGUAAAUGAGUUCAACAAAAAAAGGCAACUGUUUUAUAUUUACAUUUAAUAAAUGGGUGUGAAUGUU